CAGAGUUGUCUCCCUUCAGCCAUUGGAUGAGUUGUUCCAUCAGGAUGGCAAGUGUGUAUUGCCGACUCGCGGCUCGACUCCCGUGUAGGUCUCUCUUACCUGCAAGCUCGACUCAGAUCAACCCCAGUUCCAGGAAGUAUAGUUCAGAAGGACCCAAGUCUUUAGUUGGUCGCGACUUCCUGACACUCAAAGACUUCCAGGCUGAGGAGAUCAAACAGUUACUAUGGACGGCCAAAGAUCUGAAGAAGCGAAUCAAAGAGGACAAAGAGGUGAUCCAGCCACUGCUGGGCAAGUCCGUGUCCAUGAUCUUCCAGAAGAGGAGCACACGGACACGCCUCUCUACAGAAAUGGGUAUGGCCAUGUUGGGAGGUCAUGCAGCAUUCCUUGGGCCUGACGACAUCCAUCUUGGCGUGAAUGAGUCCAUCAAGGACUCGGCUCGGGUGAUGAGUGGAAUGUCCGACCUGAUUCUGGCCCGUGUAUAUGGACAGGAGGAUUUGGACAACUUGGCAAUGGAGGCCUCAGUUCCUGUCGUCAGUGGCCUAUCUGAUAUGUUCCACCCCCUACAGACGCUGGCAGACUUCCUCACUUUACAUGAACACUUCGGUUAUUUGCGAGGAAUGAAGAUUGCGUGGGUGGGCGACGGCAACAACAUCACCCACUCCCUCAUGAUUGGGUGCAGCAAGCUUGGCAUCGACCUCAGUAUAGCUACACCAAAGGGCUAUGAACCAGACCCCAAAAUAACGGAGUAUGUCAUCAAGUUGUGUGGUAAGCGCAAGAGUGACUUCAACAUGACCACGGACCCCCUGGAAGCUGUGUACCGUGCUGACGUCGUCGUCACGGAUACUUGGGUCAGCAUGGGACAGGAGGAGGAGAAGCAGAAACGUCUGAAGGACUUCGCCGGCUACCAGAUCACUCGCAAGAUGCUGAAGGAGGCAGGGGCCAACUGGGUGUUCCUCCACUGCCUCCCACGCAAACAGGAGGAAGUCGAUGAUGACGUCUUCUACGACCGCAACUCCCUGGUGUGGCAGGCGGCAGAAAACAGGAAGUGGACAGUGAUGGCCGUCAUGCUGCAUCUACUACAGGACUACAACCCUUCCACACCCAGACCCAAGUUCAUACGAGGGGAGUGACACCAGGAUACAACACUACGUCUACUACAGGACUACAACGCUACAUCUACUACAGGACUACAACACUACAUCUACUACGGGACUACAACCCUUCCACACCCAGACCCAAGUUCAUACGAGGAGAGUGACUCCAGGAUACAACACUACAUCUACUACAGGACUACAACACUGCAUCUACUACAGGACUACAACCCUUCCACACCCAGACCCAAGUUCAUACGAGGGGAGUGACACCAGGAUACAACACUACAUCUACUACAGGACUACAACGCUACAUCUACUACAGGACUACAACCCUUCCACACCCAGACCCAAGUUCAUACAAGGAGAGUGACACCAGGAUACAACACUACAUCUACUACAGGACUACAACGCUACAUCUACUACAGGACUACAACCCUUCCACACCCAGACCCAAGUUCAUACAAGGAGAGUGACACCAGGAUACAACACUACAUCUACUACAGGACUACAACGCUACAUCUACUACAGGACUACAACACUGCAUCUACUACAGGACUACAACCCUUCCACACCCAGACCCAAGUUCACGUCAGGGGAGAUACACACAACACAGACAUGCCUACCAGAUGAUCUUUAUAGCUUUCUACUUUUGUGGACAACUUACAAAAUCUAAAAUUCUAAAUACUUAUGAUAAUUAUAUUUUGAGAUGCCAUUCCAUGAAUUCAUAAAGGAUAAGUUAGAGCUUAGCUUCAAGGACAAAUUUGUACUAAGAUUCAUACAGGGUAUUCUAUACAUUUUUUUAAUUUAUUUUUUAAUUAAAACUCAAGCAAACAUGUAAACAGGACAUCAAUAUUUAACAAUUCUGAAUGAUAUUGUAUGUGUUUGAUAAACAAGUUUAUUGGCCUUUGGUUGUCAUGUCAUAUGAAAACAGACAAAUUUGCUGUAGAGGUUUUUCACGGUUUUCCUAUGUGCCAGGAGUUUGUCCACAUUGUCAAGAUGGCCUAAUUGUGUUUGUGUGCUGUUUGUUGUUGAUGCAUCAGGUCUUGAUGAUAUGGCCCCAUGUUUGUCGUCUGCUACAAGGAAGGAGCAGACGACAGACUUCACUUCCAGUAUGCCAUUGUGUAAAAUUUCGACAACUGCAUGUUUUCAUUGGGAUUAAGAGAACGCUAAAUGCAUAGGUAAGGCUAAAAUUGUCAGAAAGCCAGAGGUUUUCAGGAAGUGUGUUUCUCCUUUUUGAACAAGAAUAAGCCUUGGACUCCAGAGGACGUUCUCAGGACAUGUAGGGACAAACAACAGACAUCUGGUAAAAACCUCACCUUGGGUCACAGAUGUGCUCCUAGUUACAUUUUGUCCUGAAGGCUAAGGUAUUGGCCAAUCUCAUUAAAAUCCGACCUUAGUUCUCGCUACCGCCAAACAAAGAUCUGAAGACAUCCCAUUAGGGUCACGUCAGAACAAUCACUGGAUUUUGUCUGUUGUUACAUGUAAAAUUCACUGUAUUUUGUCUGUUGUUACAUGUAAAAUUCACUGUAUUUUGUCUGUUGUUACAUGUAAAAUUCACUUGAUUUUGUCUGUUAUUACAUGUAAAAUUCACUGUGUUUUGUCUGUUGUUACAAGUAAAAUUCACUGUAUUUUGUCUGUUGUUACAUGUGAAAUUCACUGUAUUUUCUCUUUUGUUACAUGUGAAAUUCACUGUAUUUUGUCUGUUGUUACAUGUGAAAUUCACUGUAUUUUGUCUGUUGUUACAUGUGAAAUUCACUGUAUUUUGUCUGUUGUUACAUGUGAAAUUCACUGUAUUUUGUCUGUUGUUACAUGUAAAAUUCACUGUAUUUUGUCUGUUGUUACAAGUAAAAUUCACUGUAUUUAUGUCUGUUGUUACAUGUGAAAUUCACUGUAUUUUGUCUGUUACAUGUAAAAUUCACUGGAUUUUGUCUGUUGUUACAUGUAAAAUUCACUGGAUUUUGUCUGUUGUUACAUGUAAAAUUCACUGUAUUUUGUCUGUUGUUACAAGUAAAAUUCACUGUAUUUUUGUCUGUUGUUACAUGUGAAAUUCACUGUAUUUUGUCUGUUGUUACAUGUGAAAUUCACUGUAUUUUGUCUGUUGUUACAUGUGAAAUUCACUGUAUUUUGUCUGUUGUUACAUGUGAAAUUCACUGUAUUUUGUCUGUUGUUACAUGUAAAAUUCACUGUAUUUUGUCUGUUGUUACAAGUAAAAUUCACUGUAUUUAUGUCUGUUGUUACAUGUGAAAUUCACUGUAUUUUGUCUGUUACAUGUAAAAUUCACUGUAUUUUGUCUGUUGUUACAUGUAAAAUUCACUGUAUUUUGUGUGUUGUUACAUGUGAAAUUCACUGUAUUUUGUCUGUUGUUACAUGAAACUCGCUGUAUUUUGUCUGUUGUAACUUGUGAGAUACAUUGUAUUUUGUCUGUUGUAACUUGUGAGAUACAUUGUAUUUUGUCUGUUGUAACUUGUCAGAUACAUUGUAUUUUGUCUGCUGUAACUUGUCAGAUACAUUGUAUUUUGUCUGUUGUAACUUGUCAGAUACAUUGUAUUUUGUCUGUUCUUUGUGUAACCCAGUAUCCAUAUAUAUUUUUGCUAUGCAUAAUAUACAGAAGUAUUCCUGCAUCUGUGCCAAACCUCUGCGUAGUAACAGUAAGUCCAGACCCAUUUCAUAUUUGUUUAACUGAUUUUCAUGGGGCAGAAUACCAAACGAACAGCGAAAGUCAAAACCAUAAUGAAAGAAAUGUGGACAGAUUGUCUAGAGGCAAAUUUUCCCCAAAAAACUUGUCCUAGCAUCACCGAAACCCCACCUUGGAGUGUAUGCUACAUUAUCUGAGCUGUGAUGCCUGGCAUGUAUAUGGAACACAGUAUGAUGUCUGGGCAUAUGGCAUGCAUCCGGAGCUGCAUCUUCCUUAGGCAAGGGCGUUAACUGACUAUAAAAGUCCAGUUUUCACCCUUGACGACCUAGGCUUGAAUUAAGGACUUAUAUAUUGGCUGGACUAACGAGUCUAUGCAUACUCCAAUCAAAAUUGCAUAGUAAAAUCAACAUCUGGUUGGUAAACUGCCGUGCAGAUUUCUGUUGAUUGCAGGAUUUGCAAAGCAUGUGUACGGUCAACUUAGCGUCAACAGAUAAUUUCAAAAUCUUUUCAUGUUUUUAAUCAAGGUGCCAAUGUGAUUUGUUGACGUCGAUAUAUAGCAAAUAUCCCUGUGAUAUCAGGAUGACGUCACUGGAGGUUUAGAAGAGAUUGAAGUGGCCGUCACUAUGUGCACACAUCGGGGUGCUUUCAUUGAUGUGCAUCAUCUUCCCGAGGCAAGGGAGUUAACUGACUACAAAAGUCCAGUUUCCACCCUUGCCGAACUAGGCUGGAAUUCCUGGGCCCAAUCGUAGCGCCACCAGUGGAUAUUACGAAUUAUGUCCCU